AAAAAAUUCUAAAAGUCUGCCAAAUUUUUUUUAUACAAAAAAAAACUAGAAAAGAGAAGUUAACAAAAGAAACUGAACAUUGUUAAUAAAAACUUUUACAUUGUGUGAUUUAAAUUAUUUUACAAAACUGGCUCUCACAACGCUUCGAGGCUCAGGCCUGCCGACAAUGCCUUAUAUCGACGACGAACUCCUUUGGUGCUCAUCAAAUGACGGUCGACUAGCAGGGGAAUAUCAGAAUCUACAGGACAUGUCUGACAAUACACCACAACAGACUCAACCUCAAUCUCAGUCUCAAUCACAUCAGAACACACAGAACCAGAAUCAGGAUCUAGAAACCUGUGAUUUAGCAAAUUUAGAGUCACUUAAUGUUAAUGAUUCCGAUGAAUUACUUCGUCAAUUGACUGAGAAUACGUUCGAGUUAGAGACAUUCUUCUCUGAGUUUUCAGCAGCUGAUAUUAAGGAGGAGAAUAACAAUGAUGUACAGAUAGAUUCAAGUAACCAAAACCAACAGACUAAUUAUACAAAUAUAAAUGAUAUAAAUGUUGAAGCAAAUUUAGCAAUUUUACAAAAUCGGCUUUUAUCAAACAAGUUCGGGAUCACGUUAAUAAAAGAUACUGAAAUUCCAAGUCAGCUACCAAUUUCUCAAUCACCAAGCCCGCCACCGCCCCAACAAAUUGCACAUCAACAAGCCCACAGAAUUGUGCAGGAGCUUCAACAACAGCAGCAACAGCAACAACAACAACCACAUGGCUUACAGAAUGGCCAACAACAUCAACAUAGACCAUUGUUGCAUGGACUGCUAAGUGGAACACACAUUUCACAAUCAUAUCAUCGAGGUUAUAGCUCAUCAAGUACAGGAUCAUUGCCACCAAGUCCAGCCGAUAGCGGCGUUUCAGAUGUAGAUAGUUCAAGUAGUGGAAAUGGCCAGCCAAUUUGCAGUGAUGAGAUAAAAGCACGAUUAGGAUUAUCUGGAACAACAUCAACACCAAAUCAAUCACAACAACAGCAAUUGCCACCACCACCGCCAGGAACAUUCUUACAUCCAAAUUUCUAUUCACAAGCACCAUUGCGAAAUUUAUGGAACAAUAGGAAUGUUUCAUUACCAGACAAUUACUACCUGCAUAAUCUCAGUAAUAGUAACAAUACCGCCAAUAGUUACUCGUCAAAUUUCACAUCACCGUCACCACCACGUACGACGAUAAAUUUGUCGGGUGCCUCAUCAAAUUCGUCCACUGCCAAUGGUCUCGCACACCAUUCUGCCCUACAUCAACAUACACAAAGUUUUCAUCCACAUCAUUCGGUUGCUGCCGCUGCUGCAGCACAUCAUCAUCAUCAACAAAGUGUGAUUCAAGCUGCAACGUCAAGUUGUCAGGAUGACUUAUCGUAUAUGCUUGAGUAUGGAUUUAAUCCACAGUCUGUACGUUCGGGAAUGAAUGGAUUGGGUCCACAUCAUGGCUUAAAUAAAUUAAAGAAACCGAAGAAGCCAAAGCUCGAGAUGGGAAUUAAGAGGAAGAGUCGCGAAGGUUCAACAACAUAUUUGUGGGAAUUCUUACUGAAACUUCUUCAAGAUCGUGAAUAUUGUCCACGAUUCAUCAAAUGGACAAAUCGUGAUAAGGGAAUCUUCAAGCUCGUCGAUUCCAAAGCCGUCUCAAAGCUGUGGGGUAUGCAUAAGAAUAAGCCUGACAUGAACUACGAGACAAUGGGUCGUGCAUUAAGAUAUUAUUAUCAACGUGGAAUUCUAGCGAAAGUUGAUGGUCAACGACUAGUUUAUCAAUUUGUGGAUGUACCAAAAGACAUAAUCGAGAUUGAUUGUAAUGGACAAUGAAACAUGAUGAUGAUGAUGACAAGGAUCUUGUCCCCACAUUAGACACAUGCUAAAGUCUUAAUUAUUAAUUUUUAAAAUUUUUUUUUUGAUAGAACUAAAACAAAUUCUUUUGAUGAAAAAAAAAAUGGUGAUAAGAAAUAUUUAAUUAAUUUUUGACCUACCUAAUGCUAUAUCUGUUCUGUUCUUUAACAAACCAAUACAAAAACACACACACAAACGAUUACUUUUAAAUGGAUCAAUUAUAAUUGAAAUCCCCCCCAAAAUUUCUAAUAAUUAUUAUUAUUAUUUUGUAUGAAUGACAAAUGUGUAUAAAUAAUUUAAUUAUAAUUAAUAAUUGUGAGAUAAAUUUUAAGCGGGAGAAUCUACAAGAAAAUAUUAUUGAGAGGAACUAAAGUCAUUCAAAAAUGUUAAAGGACAAACAAUUAAUUGAGGAAAAUUUUACAUUUCUUUAUUUUGAGAUAGUCAGCCAGUUGUGGUACGAUUUUUUGGUACAAAAUUCUACAAAUCUACCCCAUGCAGCAAACUUUAACGAAAACUUUUUGGGGUCGAUUAGCAAAAACAAAAAUUUUCCUCUACAAUUUUUAAGUCCACGAUCAUGAUUUUACCAUAGAUAAUUUACAUUUUCACUAUGACGUAUAGACAAAAAAUUAUAAAAAAAAACGGAAGUAUAAAUUAUACAAAAAAAAGUUUACACAACUUGAUUAUUUUUAAAAAAUUGUAAUUAAUAGAUUUAGUGAAAUUUUUUUAAUUAUUAUUAUCAUUAUUGCUAUUAUUAUACCUACUUAUUGUAUAAAAUGUUCUUUUUUUAAUUAUUAUGUCUACUUUAUUUUAAUAACUUCCUUAACUUUUAUUAUUUAAAUUAUAUUUUAAAGACAAAUAUUUAAGUUUCGAUUGGGGAAGAUUUUGAUGGAUAUGAGGUUGGGUCUUGUGAUCCUGUAAAGUUUUAUAGAUGGAUUAAAUGUGUUUAAUGUUUCUUGUCAAUAAAAUUGAGCUAUUUCAACAAGUUUUAAUCAGAAUUCACAAAAACAAAUGCUUUAAAAUCUCAAAACUUAUUUUUUCAUUGCCAAGGUUAAGAAAUUCUCAAUUUAAAUCACAAAAACAUUCGUUUAAGUAUGAAUCACUAUUGUUAAAUAUCCAUUCUACAACUUAUAAUACGUAAAUUUUAUUGAACUGUGAAUAUUACUUGAAUACCGUAAGAUUACAUAAAACUAUUCAUGAUUGCUAUUUAAAUUAUAUUAAUUAGCUUUGAAUGGGAAUUUAUGAUUUCUUUAACUUAUGAAUAUCUAGAUUUUGAGAGCAUUUAAGGAAGAUUUGAAAUUUUCUCAUCAUUAUUUAAACUUUUUACUGCCAAUAUUUUCAUUUUAAUCUCAAAAAAUUGAAAUUUUUCUUUUUAAAUUGCCUCAAAAAUCUAGAAAAAGUCUAAAAUAUUGAAAUUGUCAAGAUUUUAAUUCUAGAAAAUAUUCUUUGAAUUAUCCUUAAACUUAUAACUCUUAUAAAAUUAAAAACUCAAUUCAAACUCCAAAAUGACCGCAAUUUUCAUCUUAAAUAUCAAUUUAAAAAAUUGACAAUCUAUUAAACGACCAAACUAUCCUCAUUAAGCUUCAAACUUUCCCAAUCGAAACGUCUUUCUGCGUACUACAAAAGCUUCUCCCUCCUUAUCAAAAGAAAUAAAGUAAAAAUCAAGUGAAAAAGUAACAAAAAUCAAAUAAAAUUAAAGUGAAUUUCCUUAACUUAUAGUUGUUAUAUUAUUAUUAUUAUUAUUAUUACUAUUAUU